CGGAGCUUUUCCUUCGUCGCAGUUGUGGGGAACGCGGCGAGCGCUUCCGUGAUGGGCGCCGGCGCCCAGGAGGAUGAGGAGGAGAUAACCACGGUGCCCGAGGGAGGAGUCGGAGAGGAGGAGCAAGCGGCGGCUGAGGGCGCAGGGGAGGAGGAGCAGUUGGAGCAGGGUGCAGGGGGCGAGGGAGAGGGUGGGGAGGAGAAAGCUCCGGCGGUGAUGUUGUGCUCGAUCUGCCUCGACACGGUGGUCGCCGGAGGCGAGGAGAGGUCCACCGCGAGGCUGCAGUGCGGUCACGAAUUUCACCUCGAUUGCAUUGGUUCAGCAUUUAAUGCCAAAGGAAUCAUGCAAUGCCCCAAUUGUCGCACAAUUGAGAUGGGGAACUGGCUUUAUGCGAAUGGUUCUCGAUCAUCACAGGACGUAAACAAUGAUGAAUGGGGUUAUGAUGACCUAUAUGAUCAUGGUCACUCAGAGCUGGCAACCUUUGUGCCUCUUCGCAUUCAGUGGUGUCCUAUUGGGCGCCUAGAACUUCCAUCCUUAUUUGAAGAAGGAGAGUCCCCAGCUCCAGCUACUUUUAAUGAUUUCACGGGACAAUUCAACUCUGAGCCCAUGGUACCGGUACCUGCCACACCUCAUCCUGGUCCGUAUCUAGCUUAUUUUCAGCCUGCCCCGACACCGGUAUCAUCAAGCUCCCUUGUCGCUGAGAGAACAAUGGAUGGUGCUGCAUAUCAUGAUCACUGGAACACUCUGGCUGGGCUAUCAGAUGGCCGGCGACCCUGGGCGUACUAUCCUCAACCCAACAGUGAUAAUGGUAUAGCUGAGCAGCAAGGACUCCCUCUGGGGGCAAUGGCGGUUGGAGGGGUUGAUAGUGAAAGCCAACAACGAGGAUCUCUCUCCUUAUUUUAUGGAAACGGGUCUGGAAGACCAAGGAUCCCAGGUGUUCCUCCUAUGGCACCACAAUUUACAAGAGCGCAUGGCAACAUAAACGAUCAGUUCCAGCAGACAGCUAGCUUAUUUGCUGGGUCACAGCAAUCAGGAGGUAUGCGUCCAUUGGGAGCAGUAGGGCCUUCCGUGCCACCACCUCCGGAGAACACCUCCUUCUGUCUGUUCCCGCCAGCUUCAUCCGUCCCCAGUACAAUGGAGGCCGAGGAUGUCAACAGAGCAAACCAGUUCUAUGCAUGGGAGAGGGAUCGCCUGGCUCCUUACCCGCUGAUGCCUGUUAAUAGUGAAGGUACCUGGUGGAGCUCUUCACAACAGCAGCCCCCUCCGGAGCCUGCUGCAUCUGCUUCGAGGAGGCUUUCUGGGCAGUGGAUUGGUAGGUUGCCAUUGCCACCACCAGAGAAUAGAUCGCCAGACGGCUCGUCCUUCCGUCCACUGCACAUCCCUCGGAUGUAGCGCAGGAACUGGCAAGGCGUAAGUUAAUAGUACAAACGUGGGAAACCCUGUUGGUUGUAAGUGGUAACGCCACUGUAAGAAAGCCCCGUCGGAUGGUAAACCUUGUGAUAAAAUUCAGGAUGUUGAAGAAACCGACCCUGAGGUGAAAACAUUUUUGGCCCGGGGUUUAUGCAUUUCGAUCAAGUACAUAUUUCCGGUCAUGUUAAUGAAUUUCUAAGAAUCGCAGUUCUGCUU